AUGGAUCGCUUUGCCGAGGACGUUUCCAGGGAGGUGCAGGCCGCGCUGGUGCAGGCCGCGCUGGCGCAGCAGGGAUCUCCGGCCCAGCGCAUGAACCGUCUCACGGCGGACCUGGGGGACCCCGCGCGCGAUGCGAAGCGGGACGUCUACCUUGUGACGAUAUCCCGCGUUCUCCCGGACGCGCUCGACCAGACCGACCUGGUGGACGUCGAGGCGAUGAGUCGCGAGGGCGUCGGGCGGGCGCUCCUGAGCGCCCUGAACGGGAACGGGGGCGGCGUUGUGAAGAAGAUGGCGGUGUUCAAGGCUCUGGGGCGGGAUCCUGCGCGGGCGGGCGAGACGCACGCGGAUGGGUCGUCGCACUUCCACGCCGCAGUUUCUCUCUUCCAGAACAGGCGCUGGUUCCCCGUCGAGCGCGCCGUCCGCGAGCAUGCGAAGAUGGCUACCCACUGGUCUUGCAGCCAUUCGCAGUGGUGGAGCGCGCUGCGAUACUGUGCCAUCCCCACGCUGAAGAAGCCCGUCGUGGACGGCAGCGCGUGGCCCUGGUCCCAUGACGGUUCCCCGAUUGACUUCUUCGAGGAGUCCCAGCGGCCUUUCCAGGCCGGCGCGUGGAAGAGGCGCCGCGAGGAGGUAGAGAAGAGUGCUGCCGCGGGGGGCGCGCCGCCGAAGAAGUUCAGCAAACUCGACCUGACGGCAGUGAUCCUGGACCAGGAGCUCAAGACUAAGGCCGCCGUCUUAGAGUACAUCCAGAGCCGCGGAACCGAGGCGAUGCAGCGCUUCGUCCACAACCACCAGCGGCAGCUGGGCGAGUACAUCGCCGAGGCCGCCGAGUGGGGGAACGCUCGGAAGGCCGCCGACUUGGAGCGCAAGUCCGACUGGGACAUGGUCUGCGCAGCCGCCGAUGACGCCUGCGGCAAUGACGAGGAUGAGUGCAGCUACAAGGUGGCUGCGGAGGCGUUCUUUGAGGUGAACCAGGGCAGCAUCUCUCGCGCGGAGUUGGCCUGCGCCCUGAGGGCGAUUAUCGUGAACGGGCCCUCCAAGACCACGCGGACGCCACUCAUCGUGGGCCCGACCAACACAGGUAAGUCCACUUUGCUCAUGCCAUUUGACAAGCUGUUCGGGCAGUCGAACGUGCUCCACAAGCCGGCGCUGGGGUCCAAGUUCGCUUUGCGCAACAUUACCAAGGGGAACAUGCGGUUCAUCUUCUGGGAUGAUUAUCGCCCAGUGGAGUACGCCCAGAAGACCGUGGAGGUGGCGACCUUCCUGAGCCUCUUCACGGGCCACCCGUUCGAGGUCCAGGUGUCGCAGAGCUUCAACGACGGCAACCCCGACGCGCAGUGGAACAGGGGCGCCGCCAUGACGGCCAAGGAGGCGGGGCUCUGGGAGCCGAAAGGCGCCGUGUCGGCCGAAGACGUCCGCCACAUGCAGAGUCGCGUGCAGGUCUUCCCCGCCAGGGUGCUGCCCAGGACUGCCAUGAGGGACGCGUGCCCCUGUCCUGGCUGCAUGUGCCGUUGGAUCCGGGAGGCUGCGGCGCAAGCAGACAUUGACGAGCUUGUCCGCCUCGCGCCCGCUGCGCUCCGCUCUUCGCCGGCCGUGCUUCCCUUGGCCGACGGCGCCAGGGCGCCCUCGGGGGCCGCGACCGCGGCGCAGGCGGCAGCGGCCAUCAACGUGAACGGCUUGGACGAGUUGGCGGUCAAGGCGGCGUUGCCUCCUGAGGCCGUGAGGGCGUUGCGCGUCGAGCUUGUGGAGCUCGGGCGCGGGUCGCCGGUCGCGGCCUCGGGUCUCCAGCGCGGGUCGCGGGCUCUGGUCGCGCGCUCUGGUGGCGGACGCCGGUACCUCGGCCUGGUGGAGUCGAAGUUCCAGGAAUGGCGCCGGGCGCGUUUCGGCCAGGACGCGCCGUGCGCCCUUGUGCAGGACCACGAGAAGUGCCCGUGGCAGGCGGACAAUUUAGCUGCGAUGCGAGGGGCGGGGUGCACCGUGAUUCAAGAGUUCCCGAAGUCGUCCCCCGACCUGAACGCGAUCGAGGGCGCCUGGCACUUGCUGCGCCAGCGCCUGGAGCAGACGGAGCCCGACGAGAUCGAGGGCCGCGCCGAGUUCCUGGCCCGCCUCCGCAGGAACGUCCGCUGGCUCAAUGAGCACCAGGCCGAGGUCCUGCAGGGCGCGCCGGCUGCCGAGCUCCCGUCCGCCGACCAGGCGGCGAGCGGGGAGGUGCUGUCCCCCGCGGCUUUGACGGAGGCGGCGAUGCAGGUGCUGCCCGAAACGGAUGCGGCAAACACGACCCACGACCAGUUCUGCAAGAGGCGUACGCGGCUGGAGACGCACACUUCCCGCCGCGCGUCGACUCUGCGUGCCCAGAGUCGACGCCCGGCGCGCGGGGAGGGCUGCGUCUCCGCGCCGCGCAGGUUGGCUCGUCAUCUCGGGUUGCCCGAGACUGGCAUGGAUCGCUUUGCCGAGGACGUUUCCAGGGAGGUGCAGGCCGCGCUGGCGCAGCAAGGAUCUCCGGCCCAGCGCAUGAACCGUCUCACGGCGGAACUGGGGGACCCCGCGCGCGAUGCGAAGCGGGACGUCUACCUUGUGACGAUAUCCCGCGUUCUCCCGGACGCGCUCGACCAGACCGACCUGGUGGACGUCGAGGAGACGCACGCGGAUGGGUCGUCGCACUUCCAUGCCGCAGUUUCUCUCUUCCAGAACAGGCGGAGGUUCCCCGUCGAGCGCGCCGUCCGCGAGCAUGCGAAGAUGGCUACCCACUGGUCUUGCAGCCAUUCGCAGUGGUGGAGCGCGCUGCGAUACUGUGCCAUCCCCACGCUGAAGAAGCCCGUCGUGGACGGCAGCGCGUGGCCCUGGUCCCAUGACGGUUCCCCGAUUGACUUCUUCGAGGAGUCCCAGCGGCCUUUCCAGGCCGGCGCGUGGAAGAGGCGCCGCGAGGAGGUAGAGAAGAGUGCUGCCGCGGGGGGCGCGCCACCGAAGAAGUUCAGCAAACUCGACCUGACGGUAGUGAUCCUGGACCAGGAGCUCAAGACUAAGGCCGCCGUCUUAGAGUACAUCCAGAGCCGCGGAACCGAGGCGAUGCAGCGCUUCGUCCACAACCACCAGCGGCAGCUGGGCGAGUACAUCGCCGAGGCCGCCGAGUGGGGGAACGCUCGGAAGGCCGCCGACUUGAAGCGCAAGUCCGACUGGGACAUGGUCUGCGCAGCCGCCGAUGACGCCUGCGGCAAUGACGAGGAUGAGUGCAGCUACAAGGUGGCUGCGGAGGCGUUCUUUGAGGCGAACCAGGGCAGCAUCUCUCGCGCGGAGUUGGCCUGCGCCCUGAGGGCGAUUGUCGUGAACGGGCCCUCCAAGACCACGCGGACGCCACUCAUCGUGGGCCCGACCAACGCAGGUAAGUCCACUUUGCUCAUGCCAUUUGACAAGCUGUUCGGGCAGUCGAACGUGCUCCACAAGCCGGCGCUGGGGUCCAAGUUCGCUUUGCGCAACAUUACCAAGGGGAACAUGCGGUUCAUCUUCUGGGAUGAUUAUCGCCCAGUGGAGUACGCCCAGAAGACCGUGGAGGUGGCGACCUUCCUGAGCCUCUUCACGGGCCACCCGUUCGAGGUCCAGGUGUCGCAGAGCUUCAACGACGGCAACCCCGACGCGCAGUGGAACAGGGGCGCCGCCAUGACGACCAAGGAGGCGGGGCUCUGGGAGCCGAAAUGCGCCGUGUCGGCCGAAGACGUCCGCCACAUGCAGAGUCGCGUGCAGGUCUUCCCCGCCAGGGUGCUGCCCAGGUGGCCCUCCAAAUAUCCGACCACGGCAGGGCGCGGGUCGCCGGUCGCGGCCUCGGGUCUCCAGCGCGGGUCGCGGGCUCUGGUCGCGCGCUCUGGUGGCGGACGCCGGUGCCUCGGCCUGGUGGAGUCGAAGUUCCAGGAAUGGCGCCGGGCGUGUUUCGGCCAGGACGUGCCGUGCGCCCUUGUGCAGGACCACGAGAAGUGCCUGUGGCAGGCGGACAAUUUAGCUGCGAUGCGAGGGGCGGGGUGCACCGUGAUUCAGGAGUUCCCGAAGUCGUCCCCCGACCUGAACGCGAUCGAGGGCGCCUGGCACUUGCUGCGCCAGCGCCUGGAGCAGACGGAGCCCGACGAGAUCGAGGGCCGCGCCGAGUUCCUGGCCCGCCUCCGCAGGAACGUCCGCUGGCUCAAUGAGCACCAGGCUGAGGUCCUGCAGGGCGCGCCGGCUGCCGAGCUCCCGUCCGCCGACCAGGCGGCGAGCGGGGAGGUGCUGCCCCCCGCGGCUUUGACGGAGGCGGCGAUGCAGGUGCUGCCCGAGACGGAUGCGGCAAACGCGACCCUCGACCAGUUCUGCAAGAGGUUGGCUCGUCAUCUCGGGUUGCCCGAGACUGGCUUGGAUCGCUUUGCCGAGGACGUUUCCAGGGAGGUGCAGGCCGCGCUGGCGCAGCAGGGAUCUCCGGCCCAGCGCAUGAACCGUCUCACGGCGGACCUGGGGGACCCCGCGCGCGAUGCGAAGCGGGGCGUCUACCUUGUGACGAUAUCCCGCGUUCUCCCGGACGCGCUCGACCAGACCGACCUGGUGGACGUCGAGGCGAUGAGUCGCGAGGGCGUCGGGCGGGCGCUCCUGAGCGCCCUGAACGGGAACGGGGGCGGCGUUGUGAAGAAGAUGGCGGUGUUCAAGGCUCUGGGGCGGGAUCCUGCGCGGGCGGGCGAGGCCCCGACCGGCUGCGACAUGCCUCGCUCGGCGCUGGACCGCCUGCGCGAGCUCCGAGAGACGCACGCGGAUGGGUCGUCGCACUUCCAUGCCGCAGUUUCUCUCUUCCAGAACAGGCGCUGGUUCCCCGUCGAGCGCGCCGUCCGCGAGCAUGCGAAGAUGGCUACCCACUGGUCUUGCAGCCAUUCGCAGUGGUGGAGCGCGCUGCGAUACUGUGCCAUCCCCACGCUGAAGAAGCCCGUCGUGGACGGCAGCGCGUGGCCCUGGUCCCAUGACGGUUCCCCGAUUGACUUCUUCGAGGAGCCCCAGCGGCCUUUCCAGGCCGGCGCGUGGAAGAGGCGCCGCGAGGAGGUAGAGAAGAGUGCUGCCGCGGGGGGUGCGCCGCCGAAGAAGUUCAGCAAACUCGACCUGACGGCAGUGAUCCUGGACCAGGAGCUCAAGACUAAGGCCGCCGUCUUAGAGUGCAUCCAGAGCCGCGGAACCGAGGCGAUGCAGCGCUUCGUCCACAACCACCAGCGGCAGCUGGGCGAGCACAUCGCCGAGGCCGCCGAGUGGGGGAACGCUCGGAAGGCCGCCGACUUGGAGCGCAAGUCCGACUGGGACAUGGUCUGCGCAGCCGCCGAUGACGCCUGCGGCAAUGACGACGAUGAGUGCAGCUACAAGGUGGCUGCGGAGGCGUUCUUUGAGGUGAACCAGGGCAACAUCUCUCGCGCGGAGUUGGCCUGCGCCCUGAGGUCGAUUAUCGUGAACGGGCCCUCCAAGACCACGCGGACGCCACUCAUCGUGGGCCCGACCAACACAGGUAAGUCCACUUUGCUCAUGCCAUUUGACAAGCUGUUCGGGCAGUCGAACGUGCUCCACAAACCGGCGCUGGGGUCCAAGUUCGCUUUGCGCAACAUCACCAAGGGGAACAUGCGGUUCAUCUUCUGGGAUGAUUAUCGCCCAGUGGAGUACGCCCAGAAGACCGUGGAAGUGGCGACCUUCCUGAGCCUCUUCACGGGCCACCCCUUCGAGGUCCAGGUGUCGCAGAGCUUCAACGACGGCAACCCCGACGCGCAGUGGAACAGGGGCGCCGCCAUGACGGCCAAGGAGGCGGAGCUCUGGGAGCCGAAAGGACUUGCCAUGGAGGGCGCGUGCCCCUGUUCCUGGCUGCCUGCAUGUGCCUUGGAUCCGGGAGCUGAGGCGCAAAGGGACAUUGACGACCUGUCCGCCAUCGCGCACGCUGCGCGCCGCUACUUCGCCGGGCCGUGCUUCCCUUGGCCGACGGGCGCCAGGGCGCCCUCGGGGGCAGCCGACCGCGGCGCAGGCGGGCAGCGGCCAUUAAACGUGAACGGCUGGACGAGUUGGCGGUCAAAGGAGGAUUUGCCUCCUGAGGCCGUGAGGGCGUUGCGCGUCGAGCUUGUGGAGCUCGGUGCUGUCGGCGUGGGGGAGCUCACAGAGGACGACUGGCGCGGCCUCCGUGCCUGGGGGACGCUGAGGCACUUCGAGCAGCGCCGUCUGCUGAAGUCCUUGGAAAUGUAG